AAACAUGUGUUAAAAGUAAUUCGUGUCGGAUAAGUAGAAGGAUCCCCUUCCUCGACUAAAUCAUCAUAUCAGAUCGUCUAUAUCCAAGCACUUGAUUCCUUCUUUCACAAAAAAAGAAAAAAAAUCUUCAAAAUGUUAUGCUCUUGACGACUUCACCCAGCGGCGGCAAGCAAGGCCAUACUUUGGCCUUUUAAUUGAUCCUUGUUAGGGCUCUUAGUUUGGAUAGCAGGUGACGUACAAUUUGACGCUGAAGGGAAAUUACUUUGGAAAAUUAGAGGUUUUGAACAAUUUUAUUUUCUAUGGAUCGGUUGUGCUGCUUUAGUUCAUCUCAGCUUGGAGGAGGGCGUUCAUAUUCAAGUUCUGGUAAGGGGAAAAGCCGUGAGGGUAUGAUAAAGUUCGGUUUCAGCCUAGUAAAAGGGAAAGCUAAUCAUCCUAUGGAGGAUUAUCAUGUUGCUAAGUUCAGGCAGAUUCAUGAGCAUGAGUUAGGGCUUUUCGCUAUCUACGAUGGUCAUUUGGGAGAUGGUAUUCCUUCCUACCUACAGAAGCAUUUGUUUGCCAAUAUUCUAAAGGAGGAAGAGUUUUGGGUUGACCCCUCCAGAGCCAUCUCCAAAGGUUAUGAGAAAACAGACCAAGCAAUUCUUUCACAUAGCUUAGACUUGGGUCGUGGCGGAUCCACUGCUGUAACUGCAAUACUGAUAAACGGAAUAAGGUUAUGGGUGGCAAAUGUUGGAGAUUCUCGUGCAGUUCUUUCAAGAGGGGGUCAGGCAAUUCAGAUGAGCACAGAUCAUGAACCCAACACUGAACGAGGCAGCAUUGAGAACAGAGGUGGAUUUGUCUCAAAUAUGCCAGGAGAUGUCCCCAGAGUUAAUGGACAACUGGCAGUUUCACGUGCUUUCGGGGACAAGAGCCUUAAAUCACAUCUGCGAUCAGAUCCGGACAUUCAAAACACCAAUUUAGAUGACAAUACAGAUAUUUUAAUCCUUGCAAGUGAUGGCCUUUGGAAGGUGAUGAGUAAUCAGGAGGCCGUUGAUAUUGCAAGAAAGAUUAAAGACCCACUGAAGGCUGCAAAACAACUAAUCGCUGAAGCAGUUCAUAGGGACAGUAAAGACGACAUAUCUUGCAUCGUCCUUAGGUUUAGGGGAUAGAAUUGGUUAACUCAUAGAUCACAUUGCACUUUGUUUGCAGUAUAUACCUGAAAUAAGAGUUUGUUUACACAAGAUGCCAGUUUGUGGAUUAAACCAACAUGAAAAUACAUACCUGCAUGGGGUUAUCCUUCAAGUUCUACGGGGAUCGACUAUAGCAGAUUACGUAUUAGUCAAGAAACCAAAAAUGUAGGAUUCACCCCAUGUAAAUUCGUUUUAUAAAUUAGGUUCAGAUGUUUGAUUUGUUUAGGAAGGUGAUUAGGAAUUGAGUGUA